AUGGAUGCUAACAAGCAAGAUGGACAAGAACAGCCUCAACAUGUGAUCCACAUGAUUAUUGGGGGGGUGGACAUUCCUCAGGGGCCAAUAAUGAAACGCACCAAAGUUUCAAUCACUAGGGAAAAACAUACACAGAGUUAUGACCCCGAGAGUCCCAUCUCGUUCAACGAUGAGGAUAUAGGAGGCAUCGUUCAGCCCCACAAUGAUGCACUGGUAGUAUCUAUCCUUGUUAAUAAAUUUAGACUUAAACAUGUAUUGAUUGAUCCAGGUAGCUCGGCUAAUAUCAUCCGAUGGAGAGUCAUCGAGCAACUGGAACUACUAGACCAGAUCGUGCCAGCAGUUCAAGUCCUCAACGGGUUCAAUAUGGCCUGUGAAAUGACGAAUGGUGAAAUCACCUUACCGGUCAACACAGUUGGAACUAUGCAGCAGACCAAGUUUUACGUGAAAGAAGGAGACAUGGGAUACAAUGCAUUAUUUGGAAGACCAUGGAUUCACAACAUGAGAGUGGUGCCCUCAAUUCUGCACCAAGCGUUAAAGUUCCCGACCCUAUAA